AUGCAGGCCAAGAAGCGGUACCUGCUCGUGUCUGUGGGGGCCGGUCUUCUCUUCCUCGUUUACCUGUGGGGUCUGCAAAUCGGGGAGUUCCAGCAGCAGCCGUACCAGUAUCACCAGUUUCCCCAGUACCCCCAGUACCCCCAGUACCACCAGCAGGAAUACCAGUACUACCGCCAGAGCCAGGAGGCGUACCAGCCCCUGCCCCUCCCCCAGAAAAGCCCGUCCAGACCUCCCAGGCCCUGGCCAGAGUCCACCCAGCUGCUGGAGCCGUACCUGGAGGGCGGAGAGCAAGAGGAGGACAGCCCUCAGCUCCAUCACCAGCACACUUCACCUCGAGAACGGCGUGCGAUCCGUGACAACAUCUACAAGAACAAACGCUGCCGCAUGGAAACCUGCUUCGACUUCGCUCGCUGCCAGUCGGGCUUCAGGGUUUACAUCUACCCUCCUCAGAGGGGGGACGAGAUCUCCGAGACCUACCAGAAGAUCCUGUCCUCCGUCGAGGAGUCCCGCUUCCACACCGCAGACCCUUCGCGGGCCUGUCUGUUCAUCCUGGCCGUGGACACGUUGGACAGGGACCAGCUCUCGGCCCAGUACGUCCAGAACGUCAGGAUCCGCAUCCAGAGCCUGCCCACGUGGAACGACGGCAGGAACCACCUCAUAUUCAACCUGUACUCCGGAACCUGGCCGGACUACACCGAGGAUCUGGGCUUUGAGGUGGGCCAGGCCAUGCUGGCUAAAGCCAGCGCCGACGCGGUCAACUUCCGACCCAACUUCGACGUCUCCAUCCCUCUGUUCUCCAAGGACCACCCGCCGAAGGGAGGGGGCGUAGGUUACCUGACGCUCAACGACGCCCCGCCCUCCAGGAAGUACCUGCUGGUUUUCAAAGGGAAGCGAUACCUCACGGGCAUCGGUUCUGAGACGAGGAACGCUCUGUAUCACAUCCACAACGGGGAAGAUAUUAUUCUGCUGACCACGUGUAAACACGGCAAAGACUGGGAGAAACACAAGGACCCCCGCUGCGACAGAGAUAACGAAGAAUACUCAAAGUUCGAUUACCAGGAGCUGCUCCACAACUCCAGCUUCUGCCUGGUGCCACGAGGCCGACGUCUGGGAUCCUUUCGCUUCCUAGAGGCCCUGCAGGCGGCUUGCAUCCCGGUGAUUCUGAGUAACGGCUGGGAGCUCCCCUUCUCUGAGGUCAUCGACUGGAGGAAGGCCGCCGUCGUUGGGGACGAGAGGCUGCUGCUACAGGUUCCCUCCAUUACCCGCUCCGUGAGCCAUGACAGGAUCCUGGCUCUCCGCCAGCAGACUCAGUUCCUCUGGGACGCCUACUUUUCUUCUGUAGCCAAAAUCGUCUUAACUACUCUGGAGAUCAUCCAGGACCGCGUGGACUCCCACGUGUCCAGAAACCGCCUGUUGUGGAAUUCCCUCCCCGGCGGUCUCUAUGCACUCCCCCAGUACUCGUCGGACCCCGCCCAGUUCCCUUUUUACUACGCCGUGCUGGGUAAGAGUCCCUCGCAGCAGUUCUCAGCUGUUGUCCACACGGUGACUCCUCUUCAGUCCCAGGUGUCUCCUGUGGUGAAGCUCAUCAUCGCUGUCGCGAAGUCAAAGUUCUGUGCACAGAUCGUGGUUUUAUGGAACUGCGACAAGCCUUUACCUCCCAGGAACAAGUGGCCCUCCACCAGCGUGCCUCUCACUGUCAUCGAAGGACAGGCCAAGACGAUGAGCAGUCGCUUCUUCCCUCACGACGUCAUCCUCACCGACGCCGUUCUCAGUCUGGACGAAGACUCGGUUCUCUCAACCAAUGAGGUGGAUUUCGCCUUCAUCGUGUGGCAGAGUUUUCCGGAGCGUAUCGUUGGUUAUCCGGCGAGGAGCCACUACUGGGACAGCUCCAGAUCCCGCUGGGGCUACACCUCCAAAUGGACCAACAACUACUCCAUGGUCCUGACGGGGGCAGCUUUCUACCACAGAUACUACCACUACCUGUUCACCCACUACAUCCCGGCCGGCCUCCUCGCCACUGUGGACCGCAUGGCUAACUGCGAAGACAUCCUGAUGAACUUCCUGGUUUCCGCAGUUACCAAGCAGCCGCCAAUCAAAGUGACGCAGAAGAAGCAGUACAAGGAGACCAUGAUGACCCAGGGCUCCAAGGCGUCUCGGUGGGCCGACCCGGACCACUUCGCCCAGCGACAGACCUGCAUGAAUGCCUUCAGUCAUUGGCUGGGUUUCAUGCCCCUGGUGCACUCCCAGAUGAGGCUGGACCCUGUGCUGUUCAGGGACCAGGUUUCCAUCCUGAGGAAGAAAUACAGGGACAUUGAGAAGCUGUGA